UCUGAGAAUGAGCUCUGAUUUCUGUUCACCUUUGUGGUAGCUAUAUAAGGAGCGUCAUCAGCACAAGAGCUCCUGUGCGUGCAAAAGGACUGAGAAAUACUAAAGCUGGAAGAAAAUGGCUACAACUGAAGUCUUUACUGCCACCGCUACAGGCACCAAUGACUACGAGAAUUACUAUGACGAUGACUAUCAAGAUGAAGUGUGCAACAAAACAAGCGUUAUACACUUUGGGGCCAACAUCACGCCAAUCUUCUUCUCAUUUGUGGUGCUCCUGAGUCUGUUUGGAAACAUCCUGGUCAUUUGGAUUCUAGCAAAGUAUGAGAAUCUCAAAUCCCUAACCAACACCUUCAUCCUGAACCUGGCAGUGUCGGAUCUCUUCUUCACCACGGGCUUACCUUUCUUUGCUUACUACCACAUGUAUGGAUGGACGUUUGGGGAUGCUGCAUGCAAAAUAGUCAACUUUGUCUUCUGUGUUGGCUUUUACAGCAGCGGUAUCAUCCUCAUCCUGAUGACGGCUCACCGUUACAAAGCCGUCAUGAAUCCUCUCUCGGCCCUAGUGUCACCAACUUGCUGCUACAGUGUCCUUGCAUGUGUCACUAUUUGGGCCUCGAGUGUAUUGCUCGCCAGUCCAGCCUUCCUCUUCACCGAAGUCCAGAACCAGAAUCACUGUGUGUACAUGAACUCUUUCUGGAGCUUGUGGGGAAUCUACCAACAAAAUAUCCUCUUUAUAAUUAGUUCAAUAGUGUUCCUGUUUUGCUAUUCUCAGAUCAUGUGUCGUUUGCUGCGUCCCCCUGCCCAAAGAAGAAAGAACAAAACUUUAAAGCUAAUUUUUACCUUAAUGGUUGUUUUCUUUGUAGGCUGGACUCCUUACAAUAUAGUAAUUUUCCUAAAGUCUUUGUACUUCUGGCCAAAACCACCCGCUGACUCAAAUGCACUCCCUGCAAUCUGUAAAUCUUCCGAACGACUGGAUUACACAUUCUUUGUUAGCCGACUUUUUGCCUUUUCACACUGCUGCCUCAACCCAGUGUUUUAUGUGUUUGUGGGGGUUAAAUUUAAAAACCACUUGAAGAAGAUGCUGAAGUGCUUGGGCAAUGGCAACAGCAGCAUCCGCAACAGGCAAAGCCGACUCACAAUCACAUCCCUCACAAGUGGUGAUGAGUUCUCUAUGUAGUUGGAAGAGAAAGCAGCUGUAAAGCCUGAACUCCAGGUUCCAUAGGCCUAUAAGGAAACCUAAUUCCUAUUUCAUUGGUAUUUUAAACAAAAACCACUAGAGAUCAAAGCCUUUAAACAAAUGUUUUGUGAUCAAUUACAAAUUCUUAGCUUAUGAUGAUUUAAGAGCAAAAACUAUUGUUUCUCAUAUAUGACUAUUUAGCAGUAGUUCUUUGUAUUGACUGUGGGUGUCUCUACGUCUACAGCUCAGGUAUACAUUUUGUAUGUGGGUGUGAUCCCGGAUGGGCAAAAGGUUUUUUGACCGUUUAACGUGUUGUCAUCACAAUCUGUGUGUUUUUGAUGGAUUUCACUGCUGGAUGCAAGUAUAAAGGCUUUUAAAAAGAAGUAUUUUCAUUGCAAUCUGCUCAAUCUGCUGGUCAUCCUUUAGUGUUGAUUAGACGGAAAUGACUUUGCAGUAAUGUUCAUGCUCAAACUGUAAAACUGUUGCUGCAAUUCUGACUUAAUGUGAAACAAAAAGAGGAACAAUGAGCUAUCUCUUUAUUUGGUUGGCUUGUUCUCCACACUUCAAUUCAGCAUAAGACGUGGCAACUGAUGUUCAGGGAAAGGUUCUUACUCUUCUUAUUAAAAGGUAAACAAUU